UGCCAUAAAUGUAAAUGUAAAUGUUUUUGUUGCUACAACAAACGGCAGUUAUGGGCAGUUGAAAAACUACAGCGUUUAUUAUUUUAUUAAUUAUUUAGCUGAAUUAUUUUUGUUUCAUUAACGAACUUUUGGCGUGUGGUUUACGAAGUGUUAUGAGAACACCCCACUAAAAUAGUAGCUAGCGGUAGAUACUAGUAGUCUGCCAUUUCAGAAUUGUAGUUUAUUUUUGCAACCACAAGGUGACGCAUCCGACCGUAUUUUAGUACAAUGAGCUAUAACAUAUUUUUGUUUACAAAAACGGCUCUUAUCAGAAAUGAACUCGAAUAUAUAUUUGUUAAAUGCAAUAAGUCUGCUAUGUUUGCUCAUAUAAUCGUAUAAUGCUCUGUAAAUGUGGGGGAAGUUUUCUGACUGGGAUAAAAUGUUUUAGUAGUGGACUAAAAUUGUUUUUUGCUGCACAAAUUGCAUUUAUGACCACUUUAGAAUAUUAAAGCAAUCCACUCUGUCACAGUGUCUUGUCUAGGGAAUGGCGGGGUCUGGGAAACUGGCUUCUUUUCGCCUGCCUCCUCUCCCCACCAUAGGGGAAAUCAUAAAGCUGUAUAACCUGAGAGCGCAGAAGCAGCUCUCUCAGAAUUUCCUCCUCGACAUGCGACUAACAGAUAAAAUAAUCCGUCAGGCAGGGAACUUGAGGAAUUCAACUGUGUGUGAGGUUGGUCCUGGGCCUGGUGGUCUUACAAGGUCCAUCCUCAGAGCUGGAGUAGCUGAUUUAUUGGUUGUGGAGAAGGACACACGCUUCAUACCUGGGUUACAGCUCUUAUCUGAAGCUGCACCAGGCAAGGUCAGGAUAGUCCAUGGUGAUAUUCUGAAGUAUAGAAUGGAAGGAGGUUUCCCAGCUCACAUAGGAAAGACAUGGGAGGAUGAGCCUCCCAAUCUGCACGUCAUCGGAAACCUUCCCUUCAGCGUCUCCACUCCGCUCAUCAUUAAAUGGCUCGAGCAGAUGGCCAGCAGAACUGGCCCCUUCGCGUUCGGACGCACAAGACUCACGCUCACCUUCCAGAAAGAGGUGGCAGAGCGGUUAACAGCCAGCACCGGCAGCAGACAGCGCAGCCGCAUCUCCGUCAUGGCUCAGUAUCUCAGCACAGUCAAGAACUGCUUCACGAUCCCUGGACAGGCCUUCGUCCCCAAGCCAGAUGUGGACGUGGGGGUGGUACACUUCACUCCUCUCGUUCAGCCCCAGAUCCAGCAGCCAUUUAAACUGGUGGAGAAAUUGGUCCGGAACGUCUUCCAGUUCCGUAGGAAGCACUGCGACAAAGGACUCCAGAUGCUUUUCCCUGAGGCCCAGCGGCCUGAGCUGACCCACGAGCUGCUGCUCCGUGCUGACGUGGACCCCACGCACCGGCCCUUCGAGCUCUCCAUCAGCCAUUUCCGGGCGCUGGCAGACGCCUACGCCGGGCUCUGCGAGGAGCACGAAGGCAUCAUCGGCUACGAGUUCAGAGAGGAGCUCCGGCAGAAGCGGCAUCAGCACAGUAGGCGACGCGGUGGAGAGCCUUGCGCUGGCAAACCGAUAAAAGAAGAGGAACCUUAAUGGCUGGCGCUCGCACAGGGAGAGAACAGGAUGCUGAAACAUUUUCACUGCACUGGGGACACAAAUUCUUCUUACUGUUCCUCUUAGUCUCCCGGGUGAAAGAGCGUGGCAAACUGCCAGCUGAAGUGCAAGUGUCGCAGAACAAUGGGGGGAGUUCUACUGGCCAUGGCUUGGUUAGGACGGACCUUGGGCAAGAGUCGCCUUAGAACAGCUGUAGUUCAACAAGUGCUUUGUCUAAAAGCACUGAACAAUCCAAGUGGGACUGAAAAGUGGCAAAAGAUUUUUAAAAAAUGUUGCACCUGUCCUGUUCCUAAAUGGCAACAGUGAUAUAACACUGAUAUAAGGCCUUUUCUGAGACAAGGAGUCAAAGCAAAGCCAAUAUACAGACAACUCAGAUAGAAAAAUAGAGAAGGCGUUUCAGUAAUUGAGGCCAUUUUACCUUUCUCUGCAUGAUCACUAGGGAAUUAAAUCUUGCUGGUGCAUGCAGGUACUCUAAAAUGCUGUCAUACUGCAAAGUUAUAGCGAUGCUUUAAUCAGCUCACAGCACACAGUGGUUCCAUUAUGUCAAGGUUCUCAGAGAAAAAUGUUUUUCUAUCCAUCAAAGACUUCUGAAAGAGAACCUUCAAGGCAAAACCUUUGAGGCAUAAAUGCUAAAAAAAAAAAAAAAAAAAAAUUCAAUGGCAAAGAUUCUUGUUCAUAGUUUUGAAAGAAGAAAAAAACUGAAAAGGCCAAUAAACCUGUGACAUACAUGCACAAUGACUGUGUGGAUUGUUAACUACUGGUUUUUCAUUUUCAGAGUUAAAUUUUCUUUGCUAAACCAUAGGAUGGUCUCUUGCUUCAUCUUGAUACAACAGACCUGCAACUGCCUUAACAACCAUGACGCAGAAAACAUCGUUAUGCAAGCAUUUGUCUACAUGACACUCAUUAAAUCCAUUGUAAGUACCACAGUCACUGGGAUUAAAAUACCAAGAGAAAUAUUUAUUUGUUCAGAAAACCUUCUGUAGGACUACUUUUUCAGACACUGUUCUUAUUACAUUUACAGCACUUUUUAAAACCUAGCAAUGUCAAAUGAAUAUACAACAUUUAAAAAUUAAGUUAAAUAUUCAUGAAAAAAAUACUAUACAUAUUUGGACAUUAAAAAAAAACCCCGAACUGUCCAAGUACCCAACACAUUUGAGUUAAAUAGUACCGACAGUAUUCGACUACUUUGUACACUGGUCACGUUUCGGCAGCUGUCUUAGAAAAGACCAGACCGAUUACAUGACGAUCCACGACCAUAUUAGCCGCACAUAUUCUGUGUACAUAGUUUUAAUUUGAAUCUUAACCUGUGGUGUGGCUUCCUAUUAAAAAGAAGUAUAAACUUAUCAAUAAAUAAUAAAAUGCUUAAAAACUCUGAUGCCGCUCUGAUGUAAUAGAAGUAUAGCAAAAGCUAAAAAGCAAAAACAGGUACACGGUGUACCAAAUACAGCAAGGCAGAGCAGAGGAGGACUUAUUCUUGUAGCCGUUUCAGAGACUUCCACUUCUGUUCCGCCUGGAGACGAACGCGAGCUGUGAGCGGACUGACUGACUUUGCAUCAGUGGAAAAGGUUGGAAUCAAGGGGAAAGUCACAUUAGUGAUGCCUAAAAAAAGGAAAUAAAAACCAAGGGCAGUGACUACUGUCUAGUAGAAUACAGUUUAAAAACAGGUUUAGUAAAGGUGUCGGUCAC